AUGCACAAGAAGGCCAACGAAAUAGUUUUCACCAGCUUAGGCGCCAUUGUACUCAAAGAUAGUGCCAAAGCCAUCAACUACGUCACUCUGGAUGAAAUCUCGAAGUUAUUCCAGACGGCUGUCGGGAAUGAGGAAGAACAAACGGCGGUUAUAUUCAAAGGCUCCGAGGACUGCCUCACCCUGCACCGCAACAGCAAGGAGAAACCCCUCAUCACAUUGCCUUAUAAUAGAGUGGUACAACUGAAACGUGAUGAUGCUAUAGACGGGUUGAUCUUCCUGCAGUACGCCAAGAAAGGCAAAACCAACAUUCUUGUUCUCUUGCUUUCUGAUCCCUCUGCGGUCACGGAGCUGGAAGACUUGAUUCACAAGCAAAACAAAUCAGCCAUAUUGUGGAAUCAACCUUGUGAGGACCAGGGGGAAACACCAUUUAUUUAA